GCUAUAAACGGAAAACGUGUGUAACUUUAAGGCGCUACGAUAACCUGCGGACUAAUGCCUGUCGCUUACCCAAAGAGACAUGGCUUAUGAACACGACGGCGAUAAUGCCUGGGAUGACGAAAAUGAAGACGAAGAGGAUGAGCCCAAGCAACGGCCGGAGUCGCUUAAAGAAAAUCUUAUCUUUCUCAUUGACGCUCAGGGAGACAUGUUUGAAGAAAUUGAGUUGUACAACCAGACCACGACAUCCUUCGAAGCUGCUCGGCGGGCAGUUGUGGAGCUGAUAAAGCUGAAAGCUAUCCAACACCCCGACGAUCAAGUGGCCGUCAUCUUGUACAACACGAAGGAGAAGGACAAGCCGGCUGCUGCUGCUGACGCUGCUGACAGCGCUGGAGGCGGCGGUGUUGGCAGCGGCAGCAGCAGCACCUACCUGGCAUCCUUCGAGGGAGUGCGCACGCUGCUGGACCUGCAGCCCCCCUCCGUGGAGGCGGUCAAGACAGUGCGGGACCUGUCAGUCGCCUCCUUCCAAGCCCGCAUCGGCUCCCUGCCCAACCGGAGGGACGCGGCACUAGCGGACGCCUUGUUCCGGGUGCAGCACUGCCUGACGGGCGGGGGAGGGGGAGGCAAGGGAAGCACUGCAGACAGGUGGUACAACACAGUGGUGGUUUUCACCAACGACCCGGACCCCUGCGGCACGGGGCCGGCGGCGCGAGACAUGAUUGACAACCUGGGCAGCCGAGUGGAGGCGUUGCAGGGGUACGGAGUACGACUGCGGUUGUUCCCGCUCGCAGCUGCCGUACGGCCCUUCGAGUCGGGGCGGCUGUGGCAGGGGUUGCUGAGAAGCUUACGCGGGGCGGCAGGAGGAGAGGGUGGAGGAGAGGGGGAGAGCGGGGGAGGCGAGGAGGGCGGCGAGGCGGAGGAUGACGAGAGUUUGUUGAGGGAGCUGGCCUCCGACCCCUCCACCCGCCCCGACCCCUCCUCCGCCAUCACCUCCCUCUUCGACUCCUUCAAACGCCGCCUCAGCCGCAAACGCACUGUCAUGCGGCUGAGGUGGGAGAUCAGCGAGCAGCUGGGCAUACCGCUCAAGGGCUAUCUGCUUAUAUCGGACGAGGCUAAGGCUGCCAAGAAGACCAUUCCCCUCAACCCAACCACCAACCAACCGCUCAAGACCGUGACCACCCUGGUGUCCACCUCGGACGGGCGAGUGGUGGAGCGCGAAGAGGUGGGGCGCCGCAAGGCAUUCAGACUCAAAACGGGCAACACUGAGAGGAUGCCCGAGGUCCUGCUGCCUGCCUCCGAGGCCGCCCAAUCCGGCCCCGUCCCCCUCUGCCCGCCCGGACUGCGCCUGCUGGGCUUCAAGCCGCUGGGCCCCCCCGGCUGCUGCCUGCGCCGCUGGCACCAGCUGCGGCCGCCGCUGUUCCUGCGGCCGGACGAGGGCGCGGCGGAGGGCGCCACGGCGGCCUUCAUCGCGCUGUGGAGGGCGAUGCUGGCGGAGGAGAGGUUCGCGGUGUGCAGCUACAAGCGCGCCAACACGGUCCCCCAGCUGGUCGCCCUGGUGCCGGUGGAUGAGGCGGUGGAUGUGUACGGCAUGCAAACCCAACCCCCCGGACUGCACAUGAUCUACCUGCCGUACUUGGACGAUGUACGCCAACCCGAGACAGUUACCGGCCUGCCUCGUCAGCAACCAACCGACGAGCAACUGUCAGCCGCCGCGCAGUUCGUUAGCGCACUCAGUUUGGAAGCCGUUGAGCCGUUCGAUCUGACACAGAUCGCCAAUCCUUGGCUGCAACGACAUUACCAGAUCCUGGAGGCCAUCGCGCUGUCCGAGGAGAUUCCCCCCUGGCAUGCGGCCUCCGACGACCCCACCCGACCCAACCCGCAGCUCUUCACGCAGCCGGAGGCGCUGGGGGCGGCGGAGGCCUUCCGCGCCGCUUUCCCUCAGGGCGGCGGCGGUCGGGGCUCUGCUAAACGCAAGGCCGAGGGGGAGGCGGGCGGCAGGAGUUCGACUGGCCCUCGCUCGCCUCCAGCGGCGGCCUGAGCAAGCUCACGAAGGACGACCUCACUGUCUACCUCAAGCGGCACAAGCUCAAGGUGACCGGCAAGAAGGAUGAGUUGGUGGCUCGGAUAAAGGAACACAUGCAGGGAAGCUAAGAAGACGAUCUAGGGAUUAUCGGGGAGGGGAAGGUGACCCAUGGGUCGGACUUGGCGGCGAGGAGGACGACUCGGCGUGGUGGUCGUUUCUGCAGUGGAGGUCUAGGGUGCUGAGGGUAUGCAGCUACACGGGGCAUGGUUGUGUGUUUUUAAAGUAACUGGCUGCGAGGCGAAACGUACGUAUGGUUGUGUGUGUGUGUGUGUUUGUAGGGAGAGGAAGGGAGGAGGGGCGCUUGCGUGCAGGAGUGCUUGGGGGGGAAGUGGAAUUUGAAUUAGGUGGAGUAAGGGGAGCCGUCCCCCUGUUUCUUGGUUGAAUUAGUUGCAUGUUGUUCCCAAUGUCGGUGUAGGCGUCCUUGUCGUACCGUAUAACCAUACUUUCUUGAAGAAGUGAAGCGUCAUUAGGGUCAAGGGGGGAAUCGUCGUAAGUGGUGCAGCAAAACAUCACUCAAAUCUCAUGCAUGGCGGGCAAUACAGUAUACAUACCGGUGCUGUAGAUGUCUACUCUUCUGAACAUGUCGCGUUAUGAAGAAGAAUGCA